AUGGCAGGGGCUUUAGUUGGAGGUGCGUUUCUCUCAGCUUCUCUCCAAGUUCUAUUUGACAGGUUGGCUUCUCGCGAGACGCUCAGCGAUGCGCUCCUGAAGAAGUUGGAAAGGAAGUUGCUGGUGGUCCAUGCAGUGCUCAACGAUGCUGAGGUCAAACAGUUUACAAAUCCAUAUGUGAAGAAGUGGCUGGUCUUGCUUAAAGAGGCCGUGUAUGAUGCGGAGGACAUAUUGGAUGAGAUCGCCACAGAGGCUUUGCGAUACAAGGUGGAAGCUGCGGAGUCCCAAACCAGCACAAGUCAGGUGGGUAACAUCAUGGACAUGUCAACCUGGGUUCUCGCUCCAUUUGAUGGUCAGGGCAUAGAGUCUAGGGUGGAGGAGAUCAUUGAUAGACUAGAAGAUAUGGCACGAGACAGAGACGUCCUUGGGUUGAAAGAAGGUGAUGGCGAGAAACUGUCACAAAGGUGGCCUUCUACUUCUUUGGUAGAUGAAUCUCUUGUCUAUGGCAGGGAUCAAAUUAAGGAGGAGAUGGUUCAACUGUUGCUGUCCGAUAAUGCAAGGAGUACUGAUGCGAUGGGUGUGAUCUCCAUAGUCGGCAUGGGUGGCACGGGCAAAACCACACUUGCCCAGCUCCUCUACAAUGACCAAAGGGUGAAGGAACACUUCGAAAUCAAGGCAUGGGUUUGUGUUUCCGAAGAAUUUGAUCCUAUCAGAGUUACGAAAACAAUUCUCGAGGCGGUCAAUUCAUCCACGUCCAGUACCACUAAUCUAAAUCUACUUCAGGUUCAACUGAAGGAAAGAAUUAAUAUGAAGAAUUUUUUACUUGUCCUGGAUGAUGUUUGGAACGAAGACUCUUGUGACUGGGACAUGCUACGAACUCCACUCAUAGUCGGUGCAAAGGGAAGCAAGAUUAUUGUAACUACACGAAGCACCAAUGUUGCAUCUGCCAUGCGUGCAGUCCAUACUCAUUGUUUAGGUGGGUUAUCCUCUGCAGAUGGUUGGUCACUGUUCAAAAAACUUGCAUUUGAAAAUGGAGACUCAAGUGGGCAUCCACAACUAGAAGAAAUCGGAGAAAAGAAUGUCCACAAGUGCCAAGGUCUACCGCUGGCUAUAAAAGCAAUGGGGAGUCUCCUACACUCCAAGGUUGAAGCAAGAGAAUGGGAUGAUGUAUUAAACAGUGAAUUAUGGGAUUUGCCCACAGAUGCGGUUCUUCCUGCUCUGAGGUUGAGUUAUUAUUACCUUCCUUCACAUCUAAAACGUUGUUUUUCUUAUUGUUCAAUCUUUCCCAAAGACUACGAAUUCGAAAAUGAGAAGCUAGUUUUGUUAUGGAUGGCAGAAGGUUUGUUGGAACAAUCAAAAAGCAAGAAAAGAAUGGAAGAGGUAGGUAAUUUGUACUUUCAAGAACUUCUAUCAAAGUCAUUUUUUCAAAAUUCAAUUAGCAAUGACUCAUGUUUUGUAAUGCACGACCUCGUUAAUGACAUGGCACAAUUGGUAUUGGGAGAAUUUUCUACUUCUUUGGAGGAUGGUAAGAUAUACAAAGUCUCGGAGAAAACUUGUCAUUUAUCAUAUUUGAUUAAUGAAUAUGAUGUCUAUGAGAGAUUUGAUCCACUUUCUCAAAUUAGUGUCUCCGAACAUUUUUACCAAUAAGCAAAUAUCAGUACUUUCAAUAUAACUUUUUAAGUAAUAGAGUUCUACACCAUCUAUUGCCGGAAAUGAAAUGUUUACGAGUGUUGUGUUUAAAUGGUUAUCUUAUUACUGAUUUGCCUCAUUCGAUUGAGAAGUUGAAACACUUGCGCUACUUGGAUCUCUCUAGGACAAGGAUUCAAAUGUUGCGUGAAUCAGUUUGUAACUUGUAUAAUUUACAAACAAUGAUGUUAUUGGGAUGUCAUUGUCUCGUUGAAUUAUCCUCAAGGAUGGAAAAAUUGAUUAAUUUGCGUUACCUUGAUAUUAUUGGUAGUGGGUUGAAAGAGAUGCCAAGUGAUACAUGUAUGCUAAAGAAUUUACAAUCACUUUCUACAUUUAUUGUGGGCCAAAAUGGUGGGUUAAGAUUGGGAGCAUUGAGGGAGC